AUGUCUCAGCUUCUCCUCCAACGACUCUCCAAAUCCUCUUCCCGUAACAUUUCACUCAUUCAUGAGAAGGCUAGGAGGGUGUUGUCAUCGUCAGCAGCCACCAACCCGUAUGUAUCACUGGAGAUAAGUGCUGAUUUGAAUGAGGGUGGAGGAACAAUCAUUGGAAGUGUCCUCCUGUUCGACGCAGCUAAGCAUGAUGUGCUCACGGUGGAGAAAACAAUACCAGAAGAGAUGAUCGUUGAGGGGAAAGGAGUCGGAGCUUCCCACGGAUGGUUAUUUAUGGAAGAUCAACGCGAUCGUUCUCUUAGUGUCACUGACGUUUUAAACCCUUUACCUUGCAAGAGAGAAACGACAGUGAUUCCUCUGCCUCCGCUUGCUUCUUUGCAACUUUGCCAAUCUAAGGUUGGCUGGAAUGUGGCAAUGUCCACUUCUCCCGACCAAGACGAUGAGGAUGAUUGGGUGGUUGCUAUCAAGUUCUUAGGUGGACAGCUUAGUCUCUGUAGGCCCCGUCGUGACCUCCGUUGGACUAAUAUUCAAACCCCUUUAUUAGGCUACUUAGAUAACUCAAAUCUCAUGUAUUCCAAGAGAGACCAAUGCUUCUACUUGCCUUCUCCUGGAGGUCACCACUUGUUCUCCUAUGAUAUAAAAGACAAGGAUCAUCCCAAUCCCAAGUUCCAUGUGUUGCAGUUUCGUGACCUGCCCGAGUUGCCUCAAUCCGAAUGGGAGAUUUUGGUGGGUUCGUGUUACAGGACAGAAUAUCUGGUGGAGUCAGCCUCCACUGGUGAACAUUUCCUCGUCAAACGGUACAUCCAGACGUAUCUCAAGAACGGGCAGGACUACAAAACGAAGCAGUUCAUGGUAUUUAGAGAGGAGGAGACGUUGGAAGGAGGAAGAUACAUGUGUUACACUGACAACAUUGGCGAUGUGUGCAUCUUUCUUUCAAGUAGUGAGGCUUUCUGCGUCCAAGCGAGCUCGUUCCCUGGUCUCAAGCCUAACUCCAUCUACUAUAUAGGCCAAGGAUUUGGUAUUUACGAUAUUACCACCGGAACCUCCACUCCUUUUCACGGUGCACCGGCCAAGCUCUCCGCCUCUUUCUGGCUUCCCCCAUUUUCUAUCUAG